AUGCCACCUAAAAAGAAAAAAUCAAAAAAAUCGAAAAAGUCAAAGAAGAAAGAGGAAUAUUUACCCUCUAUCUUCAAUAUUCCAUAGUAUGAGAAUCCAGAUAUUGUUACUCCGAAAGUAGACUUGAUAAUAAAGUUGGUACAUCCUGUAACCGAUCUAUUCACUUUGAAAAUCAGAGUGCCUAUAACAACAAGAGUUGAACAAAUUCAUGAAGAAAUUUCAAAAAUGCAUUAAGGUGCUAUUUCUGGAAUAUCAGUUUGUCGUGAUAGAUUUAGUCCUGAAGAUGUUUUGGAUCCAAAAAAGACUCUAGAAUAAUGUGGCAUUUUUGAUGGAGAAAUAAAGUUACUGUAUGACUACAAACCUAUUGUUGGUCCUCUUUUAAAAUGAUUAUUAGAGUAAACUUAUCAAAAAUAAAUUUUCAUUGUUUUUUAAUAUAUGAAUAAUAAA